AUGGGGAUUGUGACUGGAGAUCGGUACCUGGAGAAGUUGGUGCAGUUCGUGGAAGAGCAGGCCGGUACUUUGAUCGAAGGAGCCACGGUGUUGAAGCUAAAUCCGGCGGGUCUCCACUACGUGCAAUCGAGGCUCGAGGCGCUGCACGAGCUUGAGAGCCUCCUCGCCGGCGCUCCCAUCGACUACCUUCGUGCGUACGUAUCGGACCUCGGCGACCAUCGCGCCCUGGAGCAGCUGCGGCGGAUACUGCGCCUCCUCACCUCGCUGAAAAUCGUUUCGGUGCUGCCUCAUCACAUUAGGGAUCCCACUCCCUUGUCCUUCUUGCCGUUUGGGCGCUUGAAGGUUCUGGAGCUCAGGGGUUGUGACUUGUCCACUUCCGCCGCCAAAGGCCUUCUCGAGCUCAGGCACACGCUCGAGAAGAUCAUUUGUCAUAACUCUACUAAUGCUCUGCGGCAUGUGUUUGCUAGUAGAAUAACGGAGGUGAAGAGUUCUCCGCAGUGGAACCGCUUGGCUUUUGUCUCAUGUGCAUGUAAUGGCUUGGUUCUGAUGGACGAGUCUCUACAGCUUCUUCCUGCGGUUGAAACACUUGACCUUAGCAGGAACAAGUUUGCAAAGGUGGACAAUCUGCAUAAGUGUACCAAAUUGAAGCAUUUGGACCUUGGUUUCAAUCACUUGAGAACAUUCGCACCCUUCGCCCUGGUUUCCCGUCAUAUUGUUAAACUAGUUUUGAGGAACAAUGCUCUAACUACUUUGAGCGGGAUUGAGAAUUUGAAGUCGCUUGAAGGACUUGAUGUUUCCUACAACAUUGUUUCCAAUUUUUCGGAGCUAGGGUUCCUUGCAGGCCUUCCAUAUCUUCAAAGCUUGUGGUUGGAAGGAAAUCCUUUGUGUUGUGCUCGAUGGUAUAGAGCACAAGUAUUCAGCUUCUUUGCCUUCCCAGAAAGGUUGAAGUUAGAUGAGAAAGAAAUUAACACUGGUGAUUUUUGGAAGAGACAAAUAAUUAUUGCCAGUAUGCAUAAACAACCUGCCAGUUUUGGGAUUUAUGUGCCUGCAAAGGACGAGCCUGCAGUUGAAGGUGGCAAUAUCAGAAGGAGAAAGGUAUCUCGUCUUGUCAGUAUUAGUAAUGAAGAGACGACCAGCAUGUGUUCUGACGAAGACUCUGUUUCUUGUAUGAAUGAUGUUCAAAUUCAAAAUAGAGAAGAUUUUGAUUUAUCUGACAAUGAAGCUGAAAUAGCAGAUUUGAUAAAUAGAGUUGAACAUAUGAAGAAAGAGCGUUCUAUUCAUUGGUUGAGGGACUUUAAAGACUGGAUGGAUAUUGCUUCUGACAAAUCAGUACAAACCAUGAAUGAAGGCAGCACUGAACUUCAUCAUCAGAAGGAAAAUUACAUCAGAAACAAGGCAAAUCAAGAGCAGUCUGGUGACAUCUCAAGAUAUGCUUCAGACUCUGUCCUAGCCUCAGGGGAUGACAGUAGCAUGAAUAUUAUUGAAUCUGAUAGUUCUUUUGUAGACACGUCUGCUAGUUUUCAUAGACAACUGCACUUUGACUGUAGAGGUGUGCUUGGUAAUGCUAGCCGGGCCUCUCUUUUUGACUCGGGAGGAGUGGACGCGGAGCACCGUAAAUCCUCACUUGAGGGAGUUAGUAGUUCUCUUUCUCAAACUAGAAUCUCCCAUGCUGACACCGUUACCACCCAAGGAGCACAGAGGAUGACUGAAAAUGUCAACAUCUCACCAUUGACUAUUUUUCAUGAUAUAUCAGGGUCUCAGGCAUCAUCUGCUUGCCCCAUGUCUCCUCCUCAUUUUCAAGAAGACCUUCUCCAUCGCAGGCAACACCUGGUGGAGGAAAUUUUGCAACUGUCAGCAGAUUCCUUUUCAGUAGCAUCUUCUGAUAGUAACACAAGCUGCAGUGAAGUUGAUUGCAGUGAAUUUGAGCCAUCAGUUCCAGAAGUUGAUAAUUUCCCAUGCAAAAAUUAUGCGAAUGGUGUUGGUCAUUUAUCUCAAAGUCAUCUUAUGGGAAAGUUUUGCAACCCAAGACAAGGAAAUCUUCUUGAAAGAGAAAAUGGAAUUUCAUCAUCUAAUUCUUCCUGUUACCAAACUUCUAUGCAGCAUUCAAUUGAUUUUGCUCCAGGUGCUGACAAUGCUGAGAAUGCAUUUUGUGCUAGCCAAGACACUGGUUUGUUGGAAAAUAGAAAAAUCAGGAAAAAAGCCAAGAAGAGAAUUAUUUCAAUAUCAGAAGAGAAUUUAGAUGGCGAUGCAUCUGAUCAUACACAAGAGAAGAUAAGUCAGGGACAGAUUUCUGCAAAUUUAAAGCAAGAAUUGGACCUUGAUGAUUUUACUGAAUUUUCUGCACAUAAUUACUCUACCCAAGAGAAUGAUGAUUUGAUAGUGACAUAUUUCAAUACAAGUAUUGCUGAUUCUAAAGCCAGUGAGGUCUGUAGUCAUUGUAUGCGCUGUAAUUGUGUCCUUCAGAGGGAGACAAAUUAUAAAGAAAGUGAAGUUGCAGUAUUGCUUAGCAGCCAUAAGAAGCUCUAUUUGCUACUGAUCAACACUGCUUCUGAUGGGUCAGGUACAAUUUUGAGUGUUUUGAAUUCCCACAAGAUUGAAGAAGUUUGUGAUGUGGUAGUAGGAAUGGGACUUCAGGUGUUAAGGAUAAAUUUUAAGAAUGCGGAAACGUAUCUUUUUGUAACAAGAAGCAUAGAGAAAUCAAGAGAAUUACUAUGUACCAUACACGUGCUUGAUUCAAGUGAUGGAAAUGGUAGAUGCUCAAUAAGAAGUUUGGAGCAGGUCCAGGUUGAGUUGUUUGACAAACAAAUAUGUGGUGGUUCAAAUGUGAGCAUAUAUCAGUAUGCAAUGGUGCUCGUCUUUUGUAAAAAUGGAAGUGAGGAAUCAUGGCUGUCGAGAUCACUCUUUGUGAUUGGAGGGUAUGUGCUUUUAUGCAUUGAAGACGUUAAGCAGCUGUACUCAUUUUCAUCAGAUGCGUUCGUGUCUCCAUAUUUCAGAAUUGAUUCAUGUAGCUCCAUUGCUGACAUUACAGAGAUGGUGAGUAUAUUUCUGGGGCGGAGUGACGUUGGAAAUACCCGACAACUAGAAACAAACAAAACCACGUAUUCAGCCCUUUACGUUGCCAAGAGUGAUGAUCGAGCACAUAUGCUUGCGUGUGCCGUUCUUCCAUACGAUGUAAAGAUCAGUCCAUUUUAUUUUGGUCGGUUGAGAAGAACAAACACAAUCCUCCAAACAAAUGGCCACUCUACUGAUCUCUCUAAGAUUGCCGGCCAACUUCAACAUAGCAGCAUUUGCCGGCCUUUAAAUUCUCUUAAUAUUUUCACCUUUUGCAUCGAAUCUUGUAUGGAUCUUAUAUGUGCCUAUACUUAUAAGUGA